GUUUGAUUUGAUGAUUCGUAUAUGAAUACUUGACGCUGGGUUGUUAACCAAUCUGCAUCUUUGCAGGGUUCUAUGAGGUUUAUAUAGGGAUUUGCUUUUAAUUCAAUUUUCAGAUCAUACACUCCCCCGGUAAGGGGUUUGGGGUCUUUCGAAUAUAACACAUGGAUCGUUUACCGUUUACAAAAUCGGGGAUGCGCCUCUGUUAAUCAUGUAUUCAGCUGCUGGCGUAUGACAACAGAUCGUUACCGAGGCACGUGCUUGCAGACAUAUGUUACUCUCGGAACUGCAGCAUUGAACUACAUAGAUAUCAUCAUUUUACAAUGGUACGGAGAAUUUCGACAAAAGGUUGCAUGGCAUCCCUCAUAGCUCUUUCUGUUCUCCAUGUCGUAACAAAUAUCGGACUAUGGGUCGUGCUUACAGAUACGAGGAUACGCCAACACUCUUCCAGAUUAGACGCCAAUGCAAGUGGCAUAAAGACAACUGCGAGAGUCUCCACUAUAUAUCCAGCGAAAUAUGACACUGACUUCCUUCUCCAUGACAGGGAUGCUUGUCCUAACACGACGAACAUCUCGCUGCUGUUUGUGGUGAACAGUGCACCAGGUCACUUUAAACACAGGCAGAUACUCAGGACGACAUUCGCGAACGGAUUGUUCUUCUUGCCUCGCGUCGUGAAGACGGUUUUCUUGAUAGGACGUGUAACUAACACCACUGUAGCGAGGAAGAUAGUUUCGGAGUUCGCCGAACACAAGGAUUUAGUUCAGGGGGAUUUCAUCGACGACUACCGCAAUUUGACUCUGAAAAUGUCAAUGGGGCUGAAGUGGGUGUCACUGUUCUGCCGGAAUGUGGAACUGGUUGGCAAAAUUGACGAUGAUACGUUUGUUAAUACACACCAACUUCUGGUUAUUGAACAGGACAUCCGCGCACGGGAUCUUAUUUACUGCGACAUCGCAACUGAGUCUGUCGGGAAGAUUUGGCGAAUUAAGUCGAAGUGGGCUGUCGAUGUGGACGUGUUCAAAUUCUACCGUUAUUUCCCGUGGACGUACUGUGGAGGGUACGCUGUUUUCAUCCCCGGAAACCUUAUUCCCAAUUUGUAUAAAGCGUCUCUCAUAUCCCCCUUUAUUUGGAUUGAUGACGUUUACUUUACUGGAACCGUCGUGUCGCGUCUGGACAAUGUUCGGCACCACCAGGGGGCGUUCGUGAGAAGUGAUUUUAAAAUGCAGCCAAAAAAGGGGCUGGAAUGUUUUCGAAAACCUGACUGUCAUGUAUUAGCAACGACUGUAGACAUUGAUUAUAUUCCUGAGUUUUGGCAACUUGUACGUGGAGUUUGGACGAUGAAAUAAAACCAUCUGGUAAAAUACACGUAUGAUUGAAGCAUCUGCAUCAGAGUGAAGGUAGGGAACACUUAAUAGUCUGUUGAAUAAUAGGGCUGUAACGUGUCCAAAUUUAUUACCCGGGUACCCACACCCCUUUUACCCGAUCCUACCCGGGUACCCGCUGUAGGUCUCAAGAGAUAGGUACAAAAUGUCCGAUUGGGAAUAGUUUGACAGCUAGUAGCCCUGGCAGAAUGUAUUCAGAUACACGAAUAAAACGAUGUGGUCA